UGAUCCAAUUUAUCCAUGAGACUUCCCACACUCAGUUUCAUUGCCCACCCCCUGUACAUACACAGGGUGAAGUUGUUGAAAAGUGGGGCAAUUAAACCACCUUUAAUUUUUUUUAUUGAAACGGCUUGCCACAUUGUGGGUGCUCGAGCCAUUUGUAUACUGUAUCUAGGCAACGCCUUGAGCGGAAGAACAAGCAGAGCACAUCGUCACAGGAAAAUUAACUCGACAACCAUGCCUGGUAGUGUGCACGUUGAGAGGACUCUCGCACUGAUAAAACCUGAUGCAGUUCGACACUUUGAUGAAAUAGAGGGAGUCAUCCUUCAAGCAGGGCUAUGUAUACUACAAAAACGACAGCUGCAGCUGAGCCCCGAACAGUGCAGCGAUUUCUAUGCUGAAAAGUAUGGGAAGAUGUUUUUCCCAAGUCUGACAGCGUUCAUGAGCUCUGGACCAAUCAUCGCUCUUGUGCUGGCCAGAGACGAGGCCAUCACCGUCUGGAAGAAGCUGAUGGGCCCUGUCAACAGCACAAAAGCUAAAGAAACCCACCCCAACUGCCUCAGGGCCAGAUAUGGGACUUCAGACCUACGGAAUGCGGUGCACGGCAGCGAAUGUUCUGAUGCUGCUGAACGAGAGAUCAAAUUCAUGUUCCCAGAUUCUGUAAUCGAGCCCAUUCCCUUGGGUGUGGCAGGUAAAGACUAUCUCGACAUACACGUCAAUGCAGCUCUUCUUACGGGCUUAACAGAACUAUGCAAGAGAAAGCCAACAGACCCUUAUACAUGGCUAGCUGACUGGCUGCUGAACAACAACCCGAACAAACCCAAAAUAGCCAUGGUGGAACCUCCCAGUGACAUCUGAUUAUUGAACGGAUAAUUUAUGACCAUGGCACUUCAUAUUUGUUUCAUUGGUCCAUUUUGUUACUUUAAUGUAUAGGCUUGUAGUCUGCAAUCCUCCAAUUGUGUUCACUCUCACAGACUAUAAUUAAAAAGUCAUGACUAUUAUUUGAGUGAUAUUGGACCUGUUUCUACAAAUUCAGGCCUGGGGAUAAUUCCCACUUUUGAAAAGAUUCAGAGAAUCACAUUCAUGAAGCUGAUGUAAGUCUUCACAAGUUCAACUACAGUGCACUGCUAAAAUAAAGGAGAUAUCAAAACACAA